AUGGCCGACUCCCCUGUCCACCCCACCGCCAGCCAGGCGACUGACGGCGACGUCGCGAUGGCCGAGGUUGAUGCGCCGGUGUCUGCCACCGAGGAGAAGAAGGACGUCAAGCUGGAGGACCUGUUCUUGGACGGAGACUCGGACGAUGAGUUCCCCAGCUCAAAACCACAAGACACGCCCGCGUCGAGUUCUUCAGGGCUCGCGACACCCCUUUCGCCGACAGACAUCGCCGACUUGAAAGCUUCAGAUCCUGAGGUGAUGCGCAGUUUCUACCAACGCCUGUUCCCGUGGAGAUAUCUCUUCCAGUGGUUGAAUCAUAGCCCCUCCCCGACGAAUGACUUCGGCCACAGAGAAUUCGCCUUUACGUUGCAGAACGACGCAUACUUACGAUACCAAUCGUUUGCGACACACGAUCUCCUCCGGAAAGACGUCCUUCGCCUGAUGCCCUCCCGUUUCGAAAUCGGCCCCGUCUACAGCACUAACCCGCGCGACCGCAAAACCCUCCGCAACGCCAGCGCCUUCAAGCCCCUCGCCAAGGAGCUCUGCUUCGAUAUCGAUCUGACGGACUACGACGAGAUCAGAACGUGCUGCGACAAGGCCAAUAUCUGCAUCAAGUGCUGGCAGUUCAUCACCAUGGCGAUCAAGGUCGUCGAUGUUGCGCUGCGGGAUGACUUUGGCUUCAAGCACAUCAUGUGGGUGUACUCCGGUCGAAGAGGUGCUCACGCGUGGGUGUGCGACAAGAAGGCGCGGACGAUGGGCGACCAAAUGCGCCGGUCGAUUGCAGGGUACUUGGAAGUCAUCAAGGGCGGCGCGCAGAGCGGGAAGAAAGUGAACCUGUGGCGGCCGCUGCACCCUCAUAUUGCAAGGAGUCUUGAAACCCUCAAAUCCCACUUCCAAGAAGACGUCCUCGAGGCGCAAGACCCCUGGGCCUCCAGCGAGCGCGCCGAGCGCCUUCUCCAGCUCCUCCCGGACAAGAACCUCAACGAGUCGCUACGCAAGAAAUGGGACGCCGCGCCGGGGCGGUCGUCCGUCUCUAAGUGGGCCGAUAUUGACACCGUGGCCAAGAGCGGUGCGAGCAAGAACCUCGAUGCCAAGGCGCUGCUCGAGGCCAAGCAGGACAUUGUGCUCGAGUACACGUACCCCCGCCUUGAUAUUGAGGUCAGCAAGAAGCUCAACCAUUUGCUCAAGUCGCCCUUUGUUGUCCACCCUGGUACAGGCAGGGUGUGCGUGCCGAUCGACACCAAGAGUCUUGAGGACUUUGACCCGUUGGGCGUUCCGACGGUGCAGAGCCUGUUGGCGGAGAUUGACGUGUGGAAGGGCGACGAGGAUGUCGAGGGCGGGUCGCAGCAGAAGAGCGUGCAAGAUUGGGAGAAGACGAGCCUGAAGCCAUACGUGGAGCAAUUCCGGUCCUUCGUCAUUGGGUUGAUGAAGGACGAAAGGGAUGCCAAGGUCAAGAGAGAGAGGGAGGAGGAUGCCAUGGAGUUUUGA